UUUAGUUUAUCAUUUGCGUUGUUUGGCAAAAGACACACACUUACUGAAGCAAUUCAAAACAAAUCACAUUGCAGCACGCAAAAUUUAUUCAUUCAACAUUUUUACGUGAAACAGAAAGAGUGGCCGAUUGCGGCAAAAAAAGCAGACAGUGUGUGAGUGUGACUUUGUGUUCAUAUUUGUGCGAUAUGGAAAUUGUUGUGUUCCACAAUGUGCACCGAUUAGCCGAACAAACAAAUCGUGUAUGAAUAAUGCAUCACUUAAAACAUUGAUAAAUCGAUAAAAAUCUCGGAAUUUCAAAAUCAUUAAAAUCAUUCCAGUGCAGUUGCACACAUUUCACAGUAUAUUGCCACUUAAUAAUUCAAGGUUUGGUGUAAAAUGGGUAAAUCAAAACGGCUGCAAUCACCGCAUCGGAAAAACUCAUCGACAAAUAAAAGUUAUCAGGCAAAGUCAGUUCAACGACGAAGAUCACUAUUGACACUAAUAUCGCCCGAUGACAUUAACGAAGCUACUCUACAGGUAUGGCGCAGUUUGCCAUUAAAGAUACGUCAGGAUCCAAGUUUAGCGCCUUUUCAAGCGGAAGAUGAACGCAUUCAUGGAUCUACUUCAAAUGGUGCCACAGCCAGUGACAGCAAUGGGUGUAUUGAAGACGAAGAUGACGAGAAAAAUGAUAAUAUUGAAAAUCCUAUUCACAUACACGUGACCAAUGUGGACGGAAUUGAUUUAGAGGAUAUUAGUAUGGCGCAUACUAUGAAAGGAUCGUCACUGACAAAUAUCACGAACGCAAGUCAUUCGACGCGCUCAACAAUUUCGGUAAAGGAUAGCAGCAGUCCGUGGCACAAACAUCCAAAAGUGAUAUUUUUAUUAAUUGUAUGGUUGGCUAGUGUCACAUUUAUGACCACCGAAUUUGAAAAGAAAAUCCAUCAAAAAUUACUAUCGAUCGAUGACACACGUACAAAAUCCUAUUUUUUACCGAACAUUUACUAUGGUGAACAAGUUACACUGGCAAUGGAAGGUCCAUUUUUACCAGAUAUAAAUGAUAGUAUGCAUCAAGUGACGGUGAAACUAAUGAGUGGCUCUCGUCCAAUUGACAUGAUUGGAAAUGAAUGGUAUAUUCCAAUUGCAAAUCCGGACGACGUUGAUAAAGCAACACUGAAAACUAUUCGACGUACGUACAGCAUUGAUCACAAUAUUCACAAGCGUCAACGGCGAUUGGAAGUGUUAUUGAAGAAAAAUACACCAGAAGGAAUCACGGUUAAUCUUCAUUUUGAUCCAACACCGGUCGAUGUUCAUGUGGGUGCCGUUUGUGCUGGCCUCGUUUUGCUAAUGUUCUACGUUCUAAUCAUUUAUGAAAUUGUACACCGUACAUUUGCCGCGAUUAUCGCUUCAACGGUCAGCAUUGCAUUGCUGUCCGUGCUGAAUGACAGGCCAGAUAUAAAAGAAAUUAUUCAAUGGAUGAAUUGUGAAACACUUCUAUUGCUAUUCUCAAUGAUGAUUCUGGUUGCAAUACUCACCGAAACCGGUGUAUUCAAUUUCAUUGCCAUUUACGCAUUUAAACAAACAAACGGUCGCAUUUGGCCAUUAAUUUUCUCACUUUGUUUCAUAACCGCUGUUCUAUCUGCAUUUUUGCAUAGCGUUACCACUAUAUUACUGAUGACCCCGGUCACUAUUAAAUUGUGUGAAUGUUUGGGAUUGAAUCCGAUACCAAUAUUAAUGGCAGUCAUUCUCAAUGGAAAUAUUGGGGCAGCAGCAACACCAAUGGGACAUAUACCCAAUCUAAUGAUCACCGGCAAUGCAGUAUUCUCUCGUUUUGGUGUCACUUUCAUUUCAUACACCGUUCAUAUGUCUGUCGGUGUUGUAUUGGCAUUUAUACAAACGUGCGUGUACCUGCGAUGGGUAUACAAUGAUAUGCGUGAAUUACGAACAAAAGUGCCGCAAGAAGUAGUCGAAUUGAGGCGUGAAAUAGCCGCUUGGGAACGAACAGCAGCGUCAUUGUCAACAUUUUCCAGAGAAUCACAAGUUGUUCGAGAGACGCUCAUGAAAAAAGUACACAUUUUACAAACAAAAUUGAAAAAAAUGGUGUCAUCAAAUAAAACCUUACCAAGCGAAAUGUAUAAACAAACAUUGGAAGAACUGCAAAAAAGUUAUCCCAUAAAAAAUCCACAAUUGCUUGCCAAAUCCGGAAGCGUGCUGAUAUUCAUCAUAACAAUGUUCUUUUUGCAAUCGAUGCCAGGAUAUGGAAAAUUGUCGAUUGGAUGGUGUGCUCUCAUUGGUGUCAUGUUUCUAUUGAUCAUUGCUGAAAAAGAUGACAUGGACGCAUUGAUGCAUCGCAUCGAAUGGACUACAUUACUAUUUUUUGCCGCAAUGUUUGUAACUCUUGAAUGUUUGGAACGAUUACGGUUGAUUCAUUGGUUUAGCGAGCAAACGAUUAACAUGAUUUCAACGUCGGAAAAUGAAAAUGUGCAGUUGGCUUGUGCAAUUUUCAUUGUUUUAUGGCUAUCUGGCCUAUUAUCAUCAUUGAUUGACAGCAUUCCCGUCACAGCUAUGAUGAUAAAGAUUGUGAUUUUGAUUGCAGAAAAUGAUAGCAUAAAGCUACCAGUUCAGCCAUUGGUCUGGGCAGUUGCAUUUGGUCCUUGUUUGGGAGGCAACGGAACACUAUACGGAGCGAGCGCGAACAUUAUUGCGACUGGCAUAGCCGAACAACAUGGAUAUAAGAUUUCAUUCUCAAAAUACUUUAGGAGGUGCUUUCCAAUAAUGAUUGCAAGUUUGAUUACCAUAACGGGUUACCUAUUCGUUGCUCACCUUGUAUUUGAAUGGCAUACCGCUUAAUUUUUAAAUUCUAAAUUUAGGCCAAUUUCUAACGAAAUGUCUAAAGAUUAAUUUAAGAAAAAAUAAUAACUAGUAGAUCCUAGUAAAUGUAAUUUUUCAAUGUGUCUGAGUGAUGUUGAACGUGUUACCAAUUGUACUUAAGAGAAUUUUAUUCGUAAAAAAUAUACACACCUCUUCUUAUA